GUGGAGGGAUUCGAGAAGCUGCUGUCAUUUCAGAAACUUCUCAUUUCUAGAAUACUGUGUAGGCGGGGAGGGGAUCACACAAACAAUAAUCAUUGCAAGGCUUCUGAAAACUUGUAGAUAUUCCGGAUCGCCCUCCCACCCGGCUCCAGAAACGAGUCUCAGUUUAGAAUGGCUACCUACAGUCGAAGGCUAUCUGAAUAUUCCUUCCAGGAAACCCAAGACACAACAUGUCAUAACUCUCUGGAACCAGAUUGUUUCCCCCUUUCAAAAAGUUCGUCUGCCACCCUAUUCCCCAGAAGGGACAGCAUAGAAGAAAGGCCAACAAUUAAACAGGAGCUAAGGAAGACCCUCAGUGGCUUUGUCUCUCCAUUGAGCUCAGAUGAAACCGAUAUGUGGUGCCCUUAUCACCCGAAUUGUUUCACACCACAAAAUAAUUUCACUGUGAUCCCCUUAUGUCGCUGCUUCCAAAUGGGAACCAUCCCUGACGCUGAUCGUGCUGCUGACCUCCCAAUACUCCAGGAAAAUUUGAAAAUUCACAGCAACAGCCACAGAAACACGAACUUCUCCAUGAGAAGGGAAGCAGACGCAAUGUUAGGUGCAGACUCAAACCUGGGAAAAUUGCAAGCCAAGGUGAUGCACAGAAGUUGCUCAGACAUCAUUUGUGAUUACAGGGAGAGCUGUUAUCCAGCUGAUACUGCGCAUAGUAAGACUGCUGGUGCAUAUCAGGCUCCUGUGUCCGGCAGAGAUUAUGGUAUACCUUCUCCAGGUGAAAUGACAUCUAAAGAAUGUAACCAGAAGAUUGUGAUCAAUAUAUCAGAGAGUGAGGUUGACAUUAGGCAUCAAGAAAAUGACAGGGAAAAUACAACUGUUGCAGACUUCCAAGCCAAUAGUAUAGUGAAUGACAUAUGCAGUCCCAUGCAUCAGGGCCAUUUCAUGUUUUCACAGAACUCUCCCAAUUGUCCAAGUGUCAAGGUUGACCAGGAUUCUGGUAAACAUUAUCAAGGCAAUAAUGUGACAGAAAAUGAGACAAUUUCCUCGGGUCAGAGUAACAUUACAUAUCGGGAAGGAGUUGCCACACAUCAAAAUAGUUUAAUGGGUAAUCAAACAUGCACAGGACACCAAAGCCACUUGAUGUCUGGUUUGACGAUUCAAGACACUACUCCUGCUUAUUGUCAUUCACUGCCAAUCCCUGCUAUUCAUCUCUUUCCGAGACUAGUCAGUUCCGUCAGUGAAUCUGGAAGAGGAACUGUCGUUGAUGCAUGUUGUCAUCCGCUGCCAGUUUCGGGGAUUCUGGCAUUCCCAAGGUUGGUGUCUUCAGUGAGUGAAUCAGGGUUGGAUGCAAGACAUCUUCUGAAAUGCCACGGAACACUGGAAAAUGAAGCUGUCCAUGCUGCAACUGACAGGAAUUCUCACAACACUUUCGAUAGGAAUAAAGUGGAACUUGAAAAGUGUACUCCCCCUUUAUUGCCAAGCAGUCCAAAUAAUGAUGCGCAUGUGAGAACACAAGACAUGUGGACUAUGACAACUGACCUGACCCUUCAAUAUCAUCAUCAACUGGAACAUAAAGAUGCAGGAGUACAGACCUCCUUGGCAGUUGACUGCAGGUCAGUAGGCACUAGCCCCCUGUCUCCAACUGACAGUUGCCUAGUUCAUAUGUUCCCAGAGGUUAACCUUGAAGAGAAUCAGCUAAUCCAGGAAUCUCCAGUCAGGGAAGUGAAAUGGGAUGACAAAGGAAUGACGUGGGAAGUCUAUGGAGCCUCUGUUGAUCCUGAGGUCCUUGGGCUGGCAAUCCAGAAACAUCUGGAAAUUCAGAUAGAACAACAUGAAAGGGACAAGAUGUCGACAGCUGAAAAGACGGUGAAGCAGUUGGAUGUUAAUGAUGAUGGAACACGUGUGGUGGAACACCGAGUGAAAGAGAAAAGACACUUGCCAGGUUUUAGGAAUAUGAUGUCUACUUUAAGACAUCCAACAUGCUGUGUGCGUUCCAGUGCUGCAAUAGACUGAAUAGCUUUACCCACUGGAAAAGUAUAAUAAUUGUUGGAUGUUUCAGCGGUAUUCCCAAGACAUAAAAACAGUUCUGGUUUUUCCCUUAAUUUAAUGUUGACCCAUAAAUGUCAAAACUCAUUAUUUAGUAAAUGUUUAUUUAUAAUACACUAACUAUUCUUUCAAAAUAUUUAACAGGGUAGCUAAAUAAGAAGCUGUAGAGAGGGUAGGGACAUCAGAAAAUGUAAGACAAUUUUUCCAGUAGAUUAUAAGCUACUAAUAAAAAGGUGAGGUUUCAGUACAUGUAUGGGUGCAAACACUGGGUGCUCAGGUAGGGGAGGAUAAAGACAAUGGUAAAAUGAUUGUAACAGUAUCAGUGAUGGGGACAAAAGGACAUGUUUUGCAUUAUGCUUUUAACCGUCUUGUUUUUGCUGCAUUGAAGAAUAUUAACCUUUGACAAAUUUGUGAUCCUUGUCAAAUAUGUGGUGAGGUGAACCAGUUAAUUAAUUGAAAGUGUAACAGUGAACCAAAAGUAAUGAUGAAAACUGAGGCAAGACAGCUAGAUGAUUGAUAUUAGUUUCCCAGGUUGGGCUGGUCAUCUUGUAUAUGGUACCCCUAUAGACUCAGAAAUAUAAUGAAACCAAAGAGGGAGAUUCAGCCCAAUGUGCCUGUACUGGCUCUUUAGUAGAGCUAUUUAAUUUGUUUCACUAGAUUGCAAUUUCCCCAUGGCCUUGUAAUUCUUUCCUCUUUAAGUAUAUUUCUUUUUCAUGUCACUACUGGAUCUGCAUCCCAAUACAUUCAGGCAAUGUAUUUAAGAUCACAGCAAUUUACUAUCUAACAAAUGGUUCAGUCAUAUCCUCUCUGGUUCUUUUGUCAAUCAUCUUAGACCCUGUACCCCUAGUUACUGACCCUUCUGUCAUUGGAAACUGUUUCUCCAUUUGUACCCCAUCAUAACCAUUCAUGAAAUUGAACACCUCGAUCCAAUGUCCUUUUCAGCUUAGAUAAAAUCAAGAAUGGCAGAUACUGGAGAUCUGAAGCAACAAAUAGAAGGUUGUGGAGAAACUUAACAGAUCUGGCAACAUCUGUGAAAGAAUAAACACGAGUUAAUGUUUCAAGUCUAGUGACCCUUCAUCAGAACUGGCAAGAGGUCCCUGGAUUCGUAAUGUUAACUCUGUUUCUCUCUCCAUAUUCAUCUAUCUAUGUCCUCAAGUCUAUAACUAUCCUCCUCAUUGUUUACUCCAUUCUCAAGUUUCAUGUCAUCUGCAAAUGUUGAAUUCAUGCCUUGUUUAACCAAGUCCAGGCCACUAAUGUAUAUCAUCAAAAAGACUACUGGAUUCUAAUAUUAACCACUGAGCCUUCUCCCUCCAGCAUCAGAUACAAUCAUACACUACCACUGUGCUUACGCUUCCUUAGACAAUUUUAUUUCCAUAUUGUCACUGUCUUAUUAAUCCCUUGCAUUUUAAUUUUGCUAAAGGUCUACUUGUCAAAUACCGUCUGAAAGUUCACAUGCACAGCAUCAAAUAAUGGAAAACUAUGACAUAAAAUUAAAACAAAAUUCUUAUAUUACAGAAAGAAUGAUAAAAUAAAU